AUACUUAACAAGCAGAAAUACUUGCAAUAAAUAAAAUAAACAAAAAUUAAAGAAAAAAUCAAGGACCAAGACAAUAUAAAAUAGCAUUAAUACAAAUGCUAAUUGGUGUCCUUCGCAGUGAAGUGAAAGUUUUGUUUUGUUCUUAAUUUGAAAACACGUUAAUGAAAUACAGAACUAAUCGGGGCACAAUCCUGCAAAUACAAUUUCGAACAUUUUUGCGCACAUCUUGUAUGAAAUUCAACGAAAAUUAAAACAAGACGACACCGGAAACGAAUAGUUUUCUAAAAGCGAAGCAAUUGAAAAUAUUUUUUUGAGGUUCCACAACCGUUGUGAGAUGUAAAUUAAAGGCCGUCCGCAAAUACUCUCUACUACACACACACACACACACACACAACUAAAGCCAACUUAGGACAUUCCUACCUACUACAACUUGACUACCAGAGAAAUAGUUGGGCCGUGUAUUAAGAGCUCUCAACAUGUUCGCUACAGAGGCUACCAUUUUGAAAUUGCUGACCCUUUGCGCUUUGGCGCAUUCUAUAAACGCUCAUGCUCUGAGCUCCCAAGGACCCGUCUCUGUGCCCAUUUCGCCGGAGCAGAAGUAUCUUGUUGUUCGUGGCGAGUCCGGCUCGCCCGCAUCUGAUGCCUCCGAGGAGCAUUUGGUGUUCAACAAUGCGGCGACAAUGCUACUGCAAUCGUUCAAGGCUCAGCAGAAGGCUGCCGCAGAUGGGCUGGAGGAGUGCAGCGAGCCCAAGCACAAGGCUACGUUCUCCGGGUUCGAUUAUGUCAUCCUGCUCUCCAUGCUGGCCAUUUCCUUGGGCAUUGGCAUUUUCUAUGGCUUCUUCCAGAAGGGUGGCAGCUCCUCGAAUGAGUUUCUACUCGGCUCCGAGAUGAGCAUCUUUCCGGUUACUCUGAGUCUAACCACCAGCUUCAUCACGGCUAUUGAGCUGCUCGGCAACCCCUCUGAAAUGUACUUCCAGGGUACACAGUUCGUGCUCAUUGUCCUCCCGAUGAUAAUGGUCAUACCGGUGGCUGUCAAGAUUUUCUAUCCCAUCUACUUCAAAAUGGAACUGACCAGCUGUUAUGAGUACCUCGGCAUUCGUUUCGGCAAGGAGAUUCGCAUACUUGGCGCUGUGCUUUACGUAAUACAGAUGUGCUUUUAUACCGCUGUCGCCGUGUUGGCGCCCGCCAUUGCUCUGUCUAAGGCUACUGGAUUGGACACCAAAAUUGCCGUCAUCCUGAUUUAUGUCGUAUGUGUCUUCUACUCCUCACAGGGUGGCAUGAAGGCUGUGGUCAUUGCCGACUCGUUCCAGGCUGCUGUCCUGGCGGUGUCGUUGGUCCUGAUUGUGGGCUUGGGUACCUACUAUAGUGGAACUCCUGUACAGAUCUUUACAGCAGCUGCCGAGCACGACCGUUUGGAGUUUUUCAACUUUGAUGCCAACCCCACCACACGUCACACCGUCUGGUCUGUGGUCAUUGGCGGCUUCUUCUACUGGACAUCGCUCUUCUGCACCAAUCAGGCGUCCGUGCAGAAAUGCAUGUCCCUGAAAUCGCUGAGAUUGGCCAAGAUAGCCUUGGGGUUCGCCAUCCUGGGCCUCAUUGCUGUGUUUCUGCUCAACUUCUACACCGGCCUCAUGGUCUUCACAAACUAUGCAGGCUGCGAUCCUUUGACUGUGGGUCGCAUUACCGCCUCGGAUCAGCUGUUGCCCUUCUAUGUAAUCAGCACCUACGAACAUAUUUCUACUGUGGCGGGCAUUUUUGUAGCUGGAAUCUUUGCCGCCAGCUUGGGGACCGUUGCCUCUGCCCUGAAUUCGCUGUCGGCCGUCACUUGCGAGGAUCUGCUGGUCAAUGGCAUGAACAUCAAAAUAUCUCCCGAAAAGGGUGCGACCUAUGCCAAGUGGAUGUCCCUAGGCUUUGGCAUUGCCUCCUUCGGUUUGGUGUUCAUCGUGGAGCAUCUGGGUGGCGUCCUUCAAGCCACACUCACACUGAAUGGCCUGAUUGGAGGCGUCACUUUGGGUCUCUUUGUGUUGGGCAUUGCCUGCAAGCAGGCCAAUACCAAAGGUGCCUUCUAUGGCGGCUUGCUCUCGCUGGCUCUCGUCAUCUUUGUGGGCGUGGUGGCGCAGAUCAGCAGCGUGGAGGAGCCUGCCUUGCCACUGUCCAUCGGGGAGUGUAAUUGCCGUGUGAAUGUGACGGGUCUGAUUGAGAAUCUGCUUACGGAAAAAAUGUCCCCCCUGCCGGCGAAGGAGAGUGGCUUCACUUCCUGGCCCAUUUUCCACUUGAGCUAUAUGUGGUACAGCAUGAUUGGCUGCCUGCUUACAGUCUUCCUGGGCUGGCUCAUUUCCCUGAUCAUCGAUGCCAUUCAACGCCGCAAUGUGCUCAAGAUCACGGGCAAGGGCAUUGAUAACUUGGCCGUAUCGCCGGAUGUUUUUAAGAGCGAGUCCCCGGUAUUGUCAACACCAGCGCAGCCUGUAACGCUGGCUCAUCAGAGCGAACCGGUUGAGAAUUCCAGCACUGAGGCCAAGGGACAUUUGAAUCUUGCCAUACGUAUCGAUGAUGAGUAGGCGCAUAUACUCGUACUUGUAUAAUGUCCUCACCAAUUUUUAACCUCUAUGUACAAAGAUCUAAGUAGUUUGUAGGCCAAAACAAAAAACAAAACAAACAAAAAACAAACGACAAGAUGCGAAUCUAACUGUCUAGUUUAAUCGAAAGAGUGAUAAUUCUAUAUAUGUAUAUAUGUGUAUGUAUAUAGUUCGUAAGCCAAAGUCGGGCCAACCUGAGUGUUUGGCACUCGCUGACAGUAUUUCUUAAAAGCGUUUGUAAUAAUUUUUAUUACUAUCUACUCGUAUAAGCAAUCAAUGUUGGUUGAAAUUUCCACAAAUGUUGACGAAUUUAUGUUAGUCUUAGGUUCCUGCAGCACAUUACCAGCAAGUGUGUGACGAAAACAUUUAUAAAUACUAUUUAAUGAAACCUUAAUAAAUUUUACCAAAUGAAAAAAUUGUGAACCUUAAA